AUGGUCAACCUAGCUUUAAAACAACUAGUUCGGGUAUCGCUAGUAGUUGAGUUAUUCAUGGUGGACAAUGGAGCAGAUGACUGGAGAAUAGCCAUGACUUAUGAGCGUAUUUUCUUUAUCUGCUUGGAAAUACUUGUAUGUGCUAUACAUCCCAUACCUGGGAACUAUACAUUCACAUGGACAGCCCGUCUUGCCUUUUCUUACACUCCAUCCACAACAACAGCUGAUGUGGAUAUUAUUUUAUCUAUACCAAUGUUCUUAAGACUGUAUCUUAUUGCAAGAGUUAUGCUUUUGCAUAGCAAACUUUUCACUGAUGCAUCAUCUAGAAGCAUUGGAGCGUUAAAUAAGAUAAACUUCAAUACCCGUUUUGUUAUGAAGACUUUAAUGACAAUAUGUCCAGGAACCGUACUGUUGGUUUUUAGUAUCUCAUUAUGGAUAAUUGCUGCAUGGACUGUCCGAGCUUGUGAAAGGUACCAUGAUCAGCAAGAUGUUACAAGCAACUUCCUUGGAGCAAUGUGGUUGAUUUCAAUAACAUUUCUAUCCAUUGGAUAUGGUGACAUGGUACCUAAUACAUACUGUGGGAAAGGGGUCUGUUUACUCACUGGAAUCAUGGUGGAAAGCACAGGGAUUACUCAGAAGGCUUUUCUAAAGGCUGUUGACUAA